AUGACGGAGUGGUAUACUUUGAGUAUCGCCCUUUUUGCGGCCAUCGGGACAUUUCUUUUUGGCUUUGAUACGGGAAUCGCCACAACAACUAUUGCCCAUGGAAGCUGGAUCAACUAUAUGGGCCACCCGUCGGCUGGCCUCACCGGAGCGGUCGUCGCUGUUUACAUCGCCGGCGAGGCAGUCGGCGCCCUCACACAGACCGCAAUCGGCGAUAGACUGGGUCGACUUCGGUUCAUGGCCCUGAUGUGUGUGGUCGUGACGAUCGGAACCACUAUCCAAACAGCAUCAAUCAACAUGGGGAUGUUCCUGGCCGGUCGUGCCCUUGCUGGAUAUGCUGUUGGAGGAAUGGUAGCCACUGUACCCAUCUACCUCAGCGAAAUCUCGGACCCGCGCCAUCGAGGCCUCAUAGGAGGUAUCUCAGGUUGCGGAAUCUCCUUCGGAACCAUGGCAUCGAACUGGGUGGGCUUCGCCUGUAGCUUUGCGCCCUAUGGGCCCGUGCAAUGGCGACUGCCGCUGGGCAUCCAGAUCCCCUGGGGCGUGAUCAUGUUCGUUGGACUGGUCACAUUCAUGCCCAACUCGCCGCGGCAUCUAAUCCGCAAAGGCAAGAUCGAGCAGGCGCGCAGCGAGUUCGUGCGGAUCCGGAGGGAUCUCCACUCGGAUGAUGUGCAUCGGGAGUUUGAGCUUAUGCUUGCGCAGAUCAACUACGAGAAGGAGCGGGAGAUCACUUCCUACCGGGAGAUCUUUCGGCUGUUCCGGCACCGUGUGUUGGUCUCGAUUGCCGUGCAGACGAUGACUAGUCUGACUGGCGUGAAUGUCAUCCAGGUACCCGGAACUAACCACAUCAAAGCAAUCCUCUACAAAUCCCUCGGCAUCGACUCGCACACCAUCCUGGCCCUAGCCGCCGUCUACGGCACAAUCGCCUUCCUCACAAACUGCCUCACAACCAAAUACCUCACUGACCAAUGGGGACGCCGAAAAAUGAUCCUCACCGGCCUAGGCGGCAUAAUCCUCAUCGAAAUCUACGCCGCAGUCAUGCAGCGCGAAUUCCAGAACACAAAUAACCGCGUCGGAAAGGGCUUCGCCAUACUGGGUAUCUACCUGUUUGUCGUGAUAUAUUACGGCAUGCUAAACAGCACAACCUGGCUCUACGGCGCCGAGGUCCUCCCCAUCGCGCUGCGAAGUAAAGUAAUGGGUCUAGCGGCUGCGUCGCAUUUCAUUGUCAAUGUAGCUGUCACCGAAGCAGGGCCCAGUGCAUUUGCGAACAUCCACGAGAACUACUACUAUGUCUUCGUGGCGUGUACGGCGUUCUUUUUCGUGGUGGCCUAUUUCUAUUUCCCUGAGACGAAGCAGAAGACUCUCGAGGAGAUUGCCGCGUCUUUUGGUGAUAAGGUGAUUCUACCUGAGGAUCAGGGUGAUGAGCAAGGCGAGGAUGACGAGGAUGAGGAUGAGGAUGUGAAGAAGGUCAAGCCCAGCUCUCAGCGAAUUGAGGUGGCUGUAGCUGGAAGAGAUGGUUCGGUCUAA